AAGGUAUAACAAAUAAAAAGGGGAAAGUAAAGGAAGAGGCAAGUUCGUCUUCGAGGUCUCCUCCCGAACCCAAACCCUCCGACGACGGGAGCGAGGAGAGCAGCAAGCCGCCACCGCCGCCAUGUCGGGAGGGAUCGCGCGCGGCCGCCUCGCGGAGGAGCGCAAGGCCUGGCGCAAAAACCACCCCCACGGGUUCGUGGCUAGGCCGGAGACGCUGGCCGACGGGUCGGUGAACCUCAUGGCCUGGAACUGCACCAUCCCCGGAAAGCAGGGGACUGAUUGGGAAGGUGGGUACUACCCUCUUACCCUUCAUUUCAGUGAGGACUACCCUAGCAAACCCCCCAAGUGCAAGUUCCCACAGGGUUUUUUCCACCCAAAUGUCUAUCCUUCAGGAACAGUCUGCCUCUCAAUUCUCAACGAGGAUAGUGGUUGGAGGCCUGCUAUCACUGUUAAGCAGAUUCUAGUUGGAAUACAAGACUUGCUUGAUCAGCCUAAUCCAGCUGAUCCUGCUCAGACUGAUGGCUACCACCUUUUCAUCCAGGAUCCAGCUGAAUAUAAGAGACGUGUUCGUCUGCAGGCCAAGCAGUAUCCUGCUCUGGUCUGAGGAUGUUGGCAUACUAGAGAUUCAUGAUCCAUCCUGCACAUCCGCAUAGUAGUUGUGACAUCUUAAAUUAUGCAUCUGAAUAUGGAUUUGACAAGAUAUAAGAUCUCUGGAGAACUGCCCAGUGUAAACUUGAGCCUAUUGUGAUGUGUGGAUCUAGCAUUGGCUUCACAAAAAUCGGUUCCUUAACCGCUGUAAGUGGUGGAGUGACUGAUAUUUUGAGACAUUCAACUUAACUUUCUUUUUCAAUAUAACUGCUUUUGUGUGUUAUUAAAGAAUAUAUCUGCUUGGGAGUUA